GUGAAAACACAGCCUUCCUGGACUCAUUUCAGUUAGAAGCCCUGCAAAGUUUCAGUCAUACACACAAUGAUGAACUUAAGCUUGAUAACACCUCUCAUUCUCUGCAUCCUCAGCUGGAUCUCUGUCUCAGUGUCUGAGUUUCAGACUCUGAGGGGCCGACCAGGUGAAGAAGUCACAAUGUUGAUCUCCAACAUUUCCAAAUUCGACUCUGUGACAUUCUGGUUCAGGCAGAUCAACAAAACCAAGGUCCGCUGCGUCUCAGUUAUGAUCAAAUCUGACAGCGCAGCAGAUUUCUGCGAUGGAUAUAAUAAUGGAAAUUUUGAAAUGAGAUCAAACAUCUCCAACCUCUUUCUCAAAAUCAAACAAGUGGAUUUAUCAGACUCUGGACUGUAUGUCUGUGGAUUCUACACAAGUGGCCGUCCGAUUUUCAGUGUAAUAGAUUUACAUGUUGAAGGUGGUGGUGACGUGAUGAACAUGGGCUCUAAAGAGGCUGAUGGAGUAACCAAGCUGAUGAACGUGAUCCUGGGUGUUCUGACUGGUUUCCUUGUGAUCAUCAUCGGCCUUGUUCUUAAAUUCACGAAACCUUGGGCAGCUGUCAUUGAGGAACCACAGCGACGUAAGAGUCUGGACUCGAAAGUGAACGAUGCAGCACUGAGUGUGUAUUCACGAACGAUGAGAAACGGGAGGCCUGCAUCAGAGAGAGAAGUGGAGACUCGUGUUUUUUACUGUGCCAGCAGAUAGACUCAGAGUGGAUCUGAUUCUUUUAUCAUGUUUCUGUGCUUUUCUUCUCAUGUCUCUCUCUCACUCUGUCUUCCUAAAUUACUGAGACAGCACAGUGUAGGCUGAGCUACAGUUGUUCCGAUACGUUGUCGGUUAGCCAAAGUAACCUGUGUUAUGGGUGAUAACAUGGUUAGUUCCCUACUUGCCUAUACAUAUGGGACAGAUGUGUAAUGAUAACGCUUAUUCAAUAUUCUGAUAAGAGUCAAACUGUCUCAGUAAGAGGGCAACAUGUGCAGUAUACAAAGCUUUAAUUUCUUUUAAUAGGGGCAGCACUAGUGUUAGGACAACUAUUGUAGGAAUUGUUAUCUAUGCCUACAUUUAUUAAUUUAUUUAGUCAAAUUAGACAUUACAAAAAAUAAUUAAUAUGGCAUUCAACAAUGACAGCAAUCAGUGCCAUACAGCCGUUAUGGUAAAUUCAGGUUUUGAUAUUGGGAAGGAAAAAACGGUAUCGGAACAUCUCUAGUCUGAGCUCGACCAAAAUGAAAAUCAGGAGCCCUGUGGAGUCAGAGUUCUGUAUGAAUGAAGUCAGAAAUGAAGCAGUGAAUCCUGGGUGAC